AUGAAAUUGUGCUACGAUCUAACAUACGAGAACUCUAAAUUGAGACUCUACGCAGCUCGAAAUUUCGUCUACUGUACGCUCUCGAUGACCGACGAUUACGCUGGUGGUCUUUGGAACAAUGAUAUCAUGCACCAAGCCGUCAGUGAUUGCGGAGAUCUCAGCAAAGACACUUUUGCAAUUCUUCGUAACCAGUCUGGAAAGGUUUUCAAGAAGCCAUACACUGCCCCUCGAUGCGAAUAUCACCAACAUGCCAAGGAAGAAAAGUGUGGUUCGGAAACUCCCGCUCAAGGAGCGAAGGAUGAAUGGUGGUCAGAUCAUCCCGGUUCUAAUGAUUGGAGGGGAUCUGGUCCUACUUCAGAUCAAUGGUAG